UCCGCCGCUUCGAAGUUCACAAAAUGGACUUUCAAUUUCUAUUAUUUUUUGUGGUGUUUUAUGAUACCAAGGAACCUGUUUUGUCAUCCUGUGUUUGAACAGAUUAUUAACCACAACAUUUGAAGACCAUUUAUUCAUAUUUUGGUAUGGGUGUGGUCAUUUGAACCACACUAAAUCACUGAAGUCAUCGUAAUCUGCUGUCAUAUUGAGAGAACAUGGCGGAUGUAAAUCGGCAACAAUUCAAUCCUAAUGGACCCCCUCGACUACCAAAUCCACAACAUGAGGUCAAUAAUCAAGGACCUUUUCCUCCAGCACCUGUUGGUGUUGGACCACAAAGAUUUCAAGGUCCACCUAGACCAAUGAAAGGUAUGCAGCCUGGUCAAGAGCUUCCUGUGACAGGGCCACCACAUCCCAACUUCAGACCUACAGGAAUUGCACCAGGGCUACCUCCUAAUGCUACGAUGCAGCCAACAAUGUCAAGACCAGGUGGUCCACCGCAGACAGCUAUGGGAGUUCCUCCAACAAACUUUGGGGGCCCUGGGUCAAGUGCUAACAGCGGACUUGGUUCAAAUGUGAAUGGAUUUGGUGGAACACCACCACCCACAGCCCAGAAUUUCAAUGGAAAUUUGCAACAAGGGAACCAACUUCCUCCUCCAGUAUCUAUGAUGAGACCUCCAGGUGGUACAAUGACAUCCAAUGGACCUUCUUCAAGUGGACAAAUAUUGUCACAUAAUUUUUCACAACCAGGGCAGAUGGCAAAUGAACAUUCACAAAUGUCAGUUGGGUCUAAAAACACUGGCCCUCCACCAAUGGGGGCAAUGAACACAACACAACCUUCAUCUUUGCCAGGUGGUUUACCCCCUCAGUCAAAUACUUUUAACAACAUAAGACCGCCAGUUGGCAUGACUCCCACCCCAAAUAGUGGUCAAGGUCCAAGGCCUAUGAUGGGUGUACCACCAACCUCAUCUAAUAUUAUGAGUCAGAGACAGCCAUUUUCAGGACCACCUCUAAGGCAACCAACUUCGCAAGGCUCAGUCGCAGAACGCUCUGUUGGCCUGCCUGUACCUUUUCAUGGCCAGGGUCAAUACUCCCACCAAGUUGGCAUGACACUAACUCCAGGAGUACAAAACAAUUCAGAACCCACAUCUCGGAAGUCUUCGAGAGCCCCCUCCCCUCUAGGGAAUCAGUUGUAUGAUGCUGUCGAGGGACAGUUAAGUGGCCUUGAGAGUAGUGCACUGGCACCCAGCAGUAUUGGAGGGCCAGUAACAUCAAUGGUGUCACCAUCUAGUGUAGGGUCUGCACCACCAAGAACUUUCAGUGGACAAAGUUCUUUAUCAGGGCCACCUUCAAUAUCUGGAACUCCAUCCGUUAUAUCAGGAGCCCCACCCACAAUGUCUGGUGGCCCUCCUAUGUCCAGAGCCCCUCCCCCUAUGACUGGUAUCCCUCCCUCUAUUUCAAAUGCUCCUCCCCCUAUGUUUAGAGCCCCUCCCUCUACAUCUGGAGCCCCUCCCCCUAUGUCCAGAGCCCAUGCCCCUAUACCAGGUCCACCCCAAUCAAUGGCGGGAUCUCAAAUGUCAGGUGGCCCUGGACAGAUAUCAUUUCCUCCUGGAGGCUUGGCAGGUGGACCCCCAAAGCAGCAGGUAGGAGGUGUGGAUGCUCUAGCCGGUCCUCCCCUUCCUCAAGGGAAUACCAACCAAAUGACACCACAGAUUGGCCAUCCGAUGAAUAACCAGAAUGCACCUAAUUCUGCAUAUAGUCAACCGCCUAUGCAUAAUCAGCCGACCCCUCAGGGUCCUGGAUAUUUAGGACAGACAGGAGGGAUGCCCAGCCCCCCAAGACCAGGCAUGCCAGGACAGUCACAGUUUCCCUCGGGCCCUGGCUUGGUUCAGCCAAAUUCACAAGGAGGACCCAAUCAGAUGGCCCCUCCUUUUGGUCAAAUGUCUGGACGACCAAUGGGAGGACCUGGAGGUGUUGGAAAUCCUAACACAAUGAACAGUGGAUUUGAAAUGUUGAGUUUGCAGGACUCUGGAGGGAGGGUUGUAAAUCUGCUUCAGGAGAAAAGACUGAUCCCAGCAAGUGGGAUAGAGACGCCAAAACCAAAGCUACCGUAUGACCAUAAAAAAGUCAACUGCAGUCCUGAUGUGUUCCGUUGUACUUUGACAUCGAUUCCACAAUCUUCAUCAUUGUUGAGCAAGUCGAGGCUACCAUUAGGCAUCUUAAUUCACCCAUUUAAAGAUUUAUCAAUGUGCGAUGAUUUUGGCGAGAAUGGACAGCUACCUGUUAUACAGUCCAGUGUAAUUGUGCGGUGUCGAUCCUGUCGGACCUACAUCAACCCGUUUGUGUCCUUUGUUGACCAGAGGCGCUGGAAGUGUAAUUUGUGUUAUAGAAUUAAUGACUUGCCAGAUGAGUUUCAAUUUGAUCCUGUUAGUAAAACCUAUGGUGAUCCUCAGAGAAGACCAGAGAUCAAAUCAGCAACGAUAGAAUUUAUUGCGCCAUCAGAGUAUAUGUUACGACCACCCCAACCUGCCGUGUAUCUCUAUCUAUUAGAUGUGUCUUUUAAUGCAGUAGAAACAGGUUACUUAAGAAUAUUCUGCCAAACCCUUCUGGACGAGUUGGACAAGAUUCCCAAAGACAGCAGAACGCAGGUGGGCUUUCUGGUUUAUGACUCAUCUCUCCACUUCUUCAAUCUGGCCGCAGGACAGUCACAGCCCCAGAUGCUCAUCGUCUCUGAUCUAGAGGAUGUGUUUCUACCCUGCCCGGACAAUCUACUAGUGAACCUACAGGAAAGUAAGGAGCUUGUUAUUGACUUGCUCAAUCAGCUACCCAAUAUGUUUGAGGGUAACCUAGAAACUGGCAGUGCCCUUGGACCAGCACUCCAGGCUGCAUACAAACUCAUGUCAUCAAAUGGAGGACGUGUCACAGUGAUGCAGACAGUUUUGCCAACAGUAGGUCCAGGUGCCCUUCAGGCCAGGGAGGACUCCAACCAGAGAACAACUAAGAAUGUUUCAAAUCUAGGUCCAGCUACAGACUUUUAUAAGAAGUUAGCCCUUGACUGUUCAGCUCAGCAAACUGCUGUUGAUCUAUUCAUGUUGAAUGGCCAGUAUGCAGACCUCGCCACAGUCUCUUGUAUAUCGAAGUACUCUGGUGGUACAGUGGAGUAUUACCCAUCCUUCCACGCUGUAAAGAAUAAAUCAUUAGCAGAUAAGUUUGAAGAGGAUCUUCGCAGGUACUUCACCAGGAAGAUUGGAUUUGAAGCCGUUAUGAGGAUACGCUGUACUAAAGGACUAAGUAUACACACUUUCCAUGGUAACUUCUUCGUGCGAUCAACUGACUUGUUGUCUCUACCAAACAUCAACCCUGAUGCUGGCUUUGGUAUGCAGAUGUCCAUAGAGGAUUCUCUCACUGAGACCAGCACAGCUUGUUUCCAGGCUGCCCUCUUGUACACAUCUAGUAAAGGUGAGAGGAGGAUACGAGUUCACACUAUGUGCCUACCUGUGACAAACCAAAUCAGUGAAGUGAUUGCAGGAGCUGAUCAGAAAGCCAUUAUAAGCCUCCUAGCUAAGAUGGGUGCUGAUCGAAGUGUCACAUCCAGUAUGUCUGAUGCACGAGAGGCAUUAAUCAAUGCUGCUAUAGACUCCCUGUCCUCAUUCGGAAGUACCCUGCCUGCCUCACAGAGACUAGGCUGUCUACCCACAGCAUUCUCCAUCCGAUUACUCCCCACUCUAGUCCUUGCUCUGCUCAAAAGUAGUGCUUUCCGCCAUGGUGUCAACACUCGGUUGGAUGACCGUGUAUUUGCAAUGCAACAGUGCAAGAGCCUCCCUCUACAUUACCUGCUACAAACGAUAUACCCAGACCUGUACCCUGUACACAACAUUGAGGGAUGUCCUGUGGAUGAACAUGAUGAUGAAGAGAUAGCAAAUCCAGUACGUUUACACCUGUCCUCUGCCAAUGUUGACCGCCAGGGUGUGUAUCUGCUGGAUGCCUAUGAUGUGAUGUACUUGUAUGUGGGCAGUGCCAUCAGCAACCAGUACUGUCAGGAUGUGUUCAAUGUACCCAACUACCAGUCCAUCACAGACGGUUUGAUUGAUUUGCCGGAAUUGGAUAACCCUGUGUCAGAAAAACUGCGUAACUUUGUUAGCUUCUUAAUGGACAAUAGACCUGGAGGCUGUAGUUUCCUAGUCAUCAAAGAAGAAAGUAAAAACCGCCUGACGUUUUUUGGUUACCUGAUUGAGGACAGAACAGAGUCCACCAUGUCUUACUAUGAGUUUUUACAGCACAUACAGAAGCAAGUGAAAAGUUGACAACGGCCAUGAUAAUUAGAACAUAUUCUAUCAAAGGCAUUGACACAAUGCCUGACUAAAUGGGAUCUUCAGAUACAAUAAUGGACACACACCUGAUCAUUGUGAUACCGAUUGUGGAGACCGUUGUUGCCCUAUAGCUGUUUAACGUCUGGUUGGUCCCUGUCAUAAUGAAUAGAUCGACUCUUGUAGGCGAGGCUUCCAGGGCUAUGUGGAAUACUACCAGAGGUUCUGGGUGUUCAAUUAAAAGCGAGUAUUAUAGUGAAAUUUUAAAACAACAAGCCUGUGAUAGAUACAGCAUAAAAAUACUUGUAAUUAUUUAAGCAACAGUAAAUAGAUUAUAGAUAUCAUGAUCAUUAACACAACAGUAUAGGCGAGUGAGACAGCGUACAGUUUGGUAAUGGUGGAUAAUGUAGGAAAUGAGAGUAUGAGAAGCAAUACUGAUUCUUGUAUGGAGUCGCUGUUUUAAAAUUACAUGUUAUUGAAUCUAGAUGCAGGUAUAACUCGUGAGUUUAAGAAUAAGGUAUUAGACAUUUGAAUGAUUUUUUAAACUAAUAUAAUUCUAAUAAAUAGAUACUGAAAAAGGAACCGACUUGAUUGAUGUUUGAAAUUACUAUUAUCAGACAGCUUGAAAUAGGUAAGAAGUUACUGAAUGUAGUUUUUGAUCAUUGCAUGCGACACCAAAGCUAUCAUCUAUUGCACACGACCAUUCAAUAUUUAGUAUAACAAGGCAUAUUCAGAAAAGCGUUUGUGUUUUAACAGGAAUAUCAUUUAGAGAAAAUUAUCAAUGCAACAUAUCACUGUUGAUGAACAUCUGAAGACUUCAAAUGUUAAAAUAAUGGUUCAGUAGCGACAUUAAUUUUGGAACAGAGAAGAAUAUAUGUGAAUGUGAUACAUCCUUCGGAAAAGCAAAUAAGACGGUCUUUGUAAAAUGUGGUUGUGGUUUUGUGUUUUUGUUUUCUCAGAUCAAAUAAACCUACUCCAACCGCCUUGGAAUUCAUCUGUGAUGGCUCCGCCAUGGAAUGUCAUAAUCUAAUCAAUGACCAAAGAAUGAAAGUUUUUAUCACCAGUUCACUUCAUUUAAUCUUAACGUCUUCAGAGCUAAGCAUAAUAAUUAUCAAGUCCAUUUCAUUUCGUUUAAAUUGUGCUCAUGAUGUUUUUUUCUAAAUUCUACAAUAUUUCUAUCAAAGGUAGGUUAUUGUUUUAAGUUCACUCUUGACUUCAAAAUCUUGCAAUUGUGAUCAUAGCAUAUAUAUUUUUGAAGCAUGCAUUAAACAAUACUGGCACUGUAUAAAGGAAAUGAUUCCCAAAGUCUGUAAACAGGGCCAAAUGGUACAUUUAAUUUUCACUUUUAAUUUAUGUCACCCAGUUUUUUUGUGCUGCAUUAAGUAUUUAUUAAAUUUGGUGUUAUUCAUUAUCUUAUAAUAGUUUUAAUUUCAUUGUUAUGUCAUAUCACAGCAUCUACUGGAAGGGAAUUUAGUGGUUAUGAAACAACUGGGUUUCAUUUCGGCUUGGAAUCAAAUUAAUGCUACAGAUUUUGAACGAGUGUGAAGAUAAGUGCUUAUUAGAAAUAUGUUGAUAGAAAGCAUUAUGAGAUUAGAAAAUAUUAAUGGAAUAAAAAGAUUGCAGAUGUUGAACUUUAUAGUACCUGCCUUACGAUCCAUAUUAACUACUACAUGUAUAUAUAAACUGGUGCAAGCUUGUGUUCAGAUUCUCGUCUGAACUGUUGUUCUAAAGUCUUUCCAUCAAUGUUGUAUUUCCCACAACUCUCCACUUGUAAACAGAACCAGGACCAAGGUAUUUGCAUGAGUAUGCUGUUUUACCCACGAUAAUUUGGUAUUCAGCAUAAUUGGGGGAAUUACUUUAGUCCGACAUCUAUAUGACUGAAGCAUCUGAAAUUGUGAAUUUCCUCAUUGUUUGCAUUUAUACAAACUUAAGAAAUUGCUUUUGUAUGACCACUGUGAUCUGUUGUAUUAUAACUGUGAUGUAAAAAGAUUAUUGUAACCAUACAUCAACAUCCUAGUCUUUAACUUGGUGGUGUUAUAUGGUUACAAGUGAUACACACCAAAACAUGUCAUUCCUUGUCGACCUGUCCAGAUUUCCUUGGAUAGUAGUGUAUUCCCUGUCCCAAUUGUACCCUCCUCUGGUUUCAAAUAUUACAUCUGGUCUACAUGUCUAACACUAUGAUGUUUAUAUGUAAAGGAAUGUAGGAGAAUGGUCGACCUGUUGGUACUUGCCGUCAUGAAUUCUGUUAUAAAGAGGUCUUGUACCAUUUGUAUUUUUGUGUCUAUCUUUUGCUCAAUUUUUCGGUGUUUUAGGACAUAGAUUGUUCUAGUCUAAUACUUUACCCAGCAUGAGUAUUAUGUAGAAGAUAUAUGUCUCAAGCCAGUUCUAUAACAACAUGUCCCAAGUAUUCCUGUAUAAUGUACAUGUCUUUAUCAUUGAUAUUUUGAAUGCAUCAUUAAUGGACUUUAUCUACAAUACAUACAGAAUGGAAAGAAGGGCUGCUAUUUAACACACUAUCAACACACCUUUAUUAAUUUCAUUGAAUAGAUUGAUCAUAAAAUUGUUCUUUUAAACAGAUUUAUUAAUAAAACCUAUUGAUAUAUUAUUGAUUUUAUGAUUUGCAGGGUAGAUUAUGUAUGAUUAUUGGUAAUAGUGUCCCCAUUUCUAAGGCCUGUGAGAAAACUGUAAUAACACUGUAGAGGAGCCCAAUCAGACAUUGAUAAUUCUAUUAUGCAAUACCAUACUCAAUUUUCAAAUGAUCUUUUUAACAAUGUCACUUGUUUUCAGUUCCUUCAUACAUACAGUAAACAAGGACUAUAUUUAGUACACAGUUGUUAACGUUGCUAUUGACGCGGAUGCCACAGAAAAAAUAAUUUGUGAAGUGUGAAAGUGUAAAAGCAUGUUGAAAUUAUUUGUAUAAAAUGUAUAUAUAAUUUUAUUUAUGUAUCAAGAGUUUUUAUUUGAAGUCACUACAAUGAGAAUGGUGCUUAUCCUGAAGUGUGUAAAAGUGUUUGUGGUCGAUUUUGAUUGUUUAUUUUCCCUUGGCAUUGAUUGUAAAUAUUCCAUGAUGCUGUAAUGAAAUAUCACCUGGGCAAUUUAAGCUUAACAUGUGAGAAUCGAGUGUAUUUUGAACAUACGCAAGAGUUGUUCAUCUCGUCUAUCCCAUACCUUUGGGUGACAGAGGGAAAAGUUGUGAUAUGGACACUCAAAGUAAUAAAAUCAUCAACAGUC